AUUUGAUCCUGGACUCGCUCAAACGCGUUAAACUGCCGCCAGACCAAUACCCUUCCUUUUGUCCCACUCUAGUUACAACCAUCCUUUUGCGACAUUUCUCGCUCAUAGAACAUUUUCUUUCCACAGGACUCACAAUAAUUGGUUCGGAGCUCCUCUGCUUUAUACUCCACUUUGACUAUGGCCGAAGGAGACGGCAACAUCAAAGUGGUGGUGCGAUGUAGACCCCUCAAUUCUCGCGAACUCGCACGAGGUGCUAAACCACUCGUCCGGAUGCAGGGCAACCAGACUUUCCUCGAUCCACCAGAACAUGGUUCCCAGCAAGAUUCAAAACGCGCUACGGAACGCAAGACGAUGGCCUUUGGCUUCGAUAGGAGUUAUUGGUCUGCGGGACCACGAGAUGAACCGGGUUAUUGCUCGCAGCAGACUUUGUAUGACGACCUGGGAAAGGAGUUGUUGGAUCAUGGAUUUGCAGGAUUUAAUGCUUGUAUUUUGGCUUAUGGGCAGACUGGAUCUGGUAAAUCAUAUAGUAUGAUGGGAUAUGGACCCGACAAAGGAAUCAUACCCUUGACAUGUUCCGAGCUGUUUGUACGUGUAGUGGAGAAGAAGGCUGCAGACCCCAACAUCAAUUUCACCGUAGAGGUUUCAUACAUUGAGAUCUAUAACGAGAAAGUACGCGACCUCUUGAAUCCCAAGAACACAGGAAACCUUCGAGUGCGCGAACAUCCUAGCUUGGGUCCGUAUGUAGAGGAUCUAUCGAAGCUAGUCGUGAACAACUACCACGAGAUGAUGACGCUCAUGGACGAGGGCAACAAAGCGCGCACAGUCGCUGCCACGAACAUGAACGAAACCUCUUCCCGAUCUCAUGCAGUAUUUACGCUGUUGUUGACUAUGAAGAGACACGAUGUAGACACGAAUUUAGAUACCGAGAAGGUGUCGCGAAUUAGUUUGGUUGACUUGGCAGGUUCUGAGCGGGCUAAUUCGACAGGCGCCACUGGACAGCGUUUGAAGGAGGGAGCAAAUAUUAAUAAAUCACUCACUACUCUUGGGAAAGUCAUUUCUUCUCUUGCGCUUGCGAGUCAAGAUGGGGGGAAGAAGGGGAGGAAAGGAAAGGCUGAAGAAUUUGUGCCUUACCGUGACUCGGUAUUGACAUGGUUGCUGAAAGACACUUUGGGCGGGAACUCCAAAACUGCUAUGAUAGCCGCCAUCUCUCCUGCAGAUUAUGAGGAGACGCUGAGUACCCUACGAUACGCUGACCAAGCGAAGAAGAUCAAGAACAAGGCUGUCGUAAACGAGGACCCUAAUGCCAAACUUGUUCGCGAGCUCAAGGAGGAACUCGAAUUGCUUAGAGCACGUGUGGCGAUGUCCUCCGGCGAGGAUACAUUCGACCCGCACGUUCCGCCUGAGAAACAGAAGGUCACGUACAAGACAAAGGAUGGAACGAUUAAGACUGUUACCAAAGCGGAGUUGCAGGAGCAGAUGGAGACGAGCGAGAAAUUGAUGCAGAGUUUGAAUGAGACGUGGGAGCAGAAGAUGUCUCGGACGCAGGAGGUACAAAAAGAGCGGGAGAAGGCGCUUGAAGAGCUUGGUAUCACAGUCGAGAAGAAUCUAGUGGGGGUACAUACCCCGAAGAAGAUGCCACAUUUAGUGAACUUGAAUGAAGAUCCUCUCAUGAGCGAAUGUUUGAUCUACCAACUCAAACCUGGCACAACCAUCGUCGGUCGCUUGGACAGCGAAAAACCUGCCGCAAUUCGACUGAGCGGUGAAAAUAUCCUCGAGGAACAUUGUUACUUUGAGAACACAGACGGUAAAGUAACCCUCCACGCUAUGCCCGAGAGCGUCACUUUCUUGAAUGGCAAGCAAGUUUCUCCUGGACAGUCUUAUAAACUGCGUUCUGGAUACCGGAUCAUCCUUGGGGAGCACCACGUCUUCAGGUUUAAUAAUCCCGAGGAAGUCCGCAAGCAACGUGAUCGUGCUACGGCCAGAUCCAACAUGCACUUGAGUGUGUCUGCUGCCGAUGUAGAAGGCGAUUCAGUGUCACCAUCCACGCGCCCGGAAUCGAGGGCAUCCUCUGCGGGCGAAGCUGAUGUAGACUGGAAUUUUGCACGUCGAGAAGCCGCACUAGCACGCCUUGGCCUGGACCCUGCGCUUGAUAGCCUACCAGACGAAGACAUCAAUAGGCUCUUCGAACGCAUAACGAAGGUGAAGUCAAUGCGAGAUCACAACUCUAAACCACGGCCAGAAAGUAGCCUUAGCGCUCGGGACGAUAUCUGGAGCGAGUCAGGCCGACCUUUCUCGAGUGACGCUACUACAGACGACACAAGCCUUGAAGCUGGAGCGAGUCACAGCACACCUGACGUUGACGGACCUUUGAAGGACGUUCAGUUCCAACUGGAGUCCCGUCUUCAAGCUAUCACAGAGUCUAGUGAGGCGGAAGACUUGAAAGUAGAGAAAGAUCAUAUGGAGCACCAACUGAAAAUGGUGCAGCAGCAGCUUAAACGCAUGAUAAAUGCACGGGCUCGGGGAGAAUCUGAAGAAGAGGUUGAGCGUUUCGAGCCCGUCAUCUAUACGGCAAGACAAUUACGGCUCAUUCGCAAAGUCCUGGACAAGUGGAGAGCCCAUCGCUCAUUUUCAAUGGCUGAAGCUGUUUUGUCCAACGCUGUGCUUGUAAAAGAAGCCAACGUAAUUAGCAAAGAAUUGGGCAAGGAGGUUUCCUACAACUUCACCAUUGCUUCUGGCGGGUCCCUUGCAGCUCCGAUAUCUGGAGUUGAUACAAUCGGAGGUCUGGACGGUUUCGGUGAUGUUGCCGACCCCAUACUAGCAUCAGCAACUCAACCCUCCGUCGCCAUCAAGGUUCUCGAUAAACGGCAUAAUGCUAUCUACACCUGGUCCUUGGAUCGCCUUCAGCAACGAGUCAAGCGGAUGAGAAACUUGACUACAUACAUUGAUAGACCAUCAUAUACCCAGCAUUUCAGCUCGGAUGAACCUUUUUACGAUUCCCCUCCCCCACAAUUCUCAUUCAUCGGCAAUGCCCUCCUAUCACUUGCACCCCUAUCACGCCGAAUUUCAUCUGCAUCAGUCGUGCCAAUAUUCUGCCGGUACACUGCGGAAGCAAUAGGCUCGUGUCGCGUGGAUAUUAAGAUUUCCAGUGUUCUGCAAGCGUCGAAGCAUGGUACUCCCGCGUCAACCCGCCCUACAUCCCCAGCCCCAUCGGCCAUACCACCCGGAAGUAAGAUCAGCUUCUUCCUCACCGUAGAUUCGAUCAAAGGUUUAUCCUCACAUGACUUCUCGGCACUACACCUCCAACUGCGUUUAUCAUCUUUCGUGGGACCAUCACUCACGAGUGAAGAGAUAUUCUCAUCCACUGCACUCGAUAUGGAGACAUCUUCUCUGUCGGAACUAAGGUUUCGCCGUGCGUUUUUGAUCGUAACUUCUUCCAAGGUAAUCGCAUACUUGCGCCAAGGCUACGCUCCCAUAGAGUUUUUUGCGGCUGCUAAACCCACAUAUUUGGAGCGUCUUGAACGCUGGGAUGAAAUGCGCGAACUCGGGGUUCAUAACUGGUCAAGCCCUCUUGGGGCUCACACAGACACACUUCCAGUCAUCCUCCCCCAGAUGCGCCGCUCGGAAACCGAUUUUGUAGUGGAACAAGCCCAUGACGUAGUUGCUUCUGUCCAAAUAAAGGAGCUCGGGGCUGAUGGUCAGUACGUUCCAGUACCCGUAGUUUCUCAGGGAAGCCUCGAUCCGGGGGUUUUCUCUCUACAUCAGGGACUGCAGCGUAGAAUCGCUCUCGUGCUUUCAUCAGAUUCCGGACUGCAACUCCCAUGGACAGAUGUCACAAGAAUACGUCUGGGAAAUGUGCGCCUCCUCGAUCCAAAAGGUCGCCAGCACAAUUCGACAUCGAAAAUAAUGGUUACGCUCCCGCUAUUGGCAGAUCAAAGUGUUACGUUCAGACCGGAUGGAACGGGGACCCUCACAGCAGAAGCACUAUGGGACUCGAGUGUUCAUGAUUCCCUCCUGCUCAAUCGAGUUACGGCGAGUGCACACCGAGUGAUACUGCAGGUUGCCUGGUCCAUUGCUGUGGACACGUGUAAUGAACCAGUGCAGUUUAGCAUGGACAUAGCUGUUGCCAUUCAGACACGGGACGCACGCCCGCCCGGCCGAUUACUAACGUUCCUAAGUUCCGGGAAGAUUACCUCCCGUAUCAGCUCAAUCUUCAGCCUUCGUCUUUCGCCUCCUUUGACACGGUCACCUCAGGAUCUGUGGCGCUUGGAUACGUCGGAAAAAUAUGUACGUGGCGAGGAGUUACUGAACACGUGGAAACCACGCGGUAUCUCAGUAGUGGAGGAUUACAACCGGCUUGUUUUAACGGAACGACGGGCGGCGGAUGUUCAAGCAGUUCGGGUGUUGUCGGCAUCUUCAUAUUUACCUGCGCGCCCUGAUUCGGGGGCUGUUGUUUGGGGUUCGGAAGCACUGCUGCGGAAGGCACUAGGUCUCUGGCAAAAACGCUUCGGUCAUGCAGGAGAAAUCAUUUUGAGUCAAGUGCCUACAGAGAUCGACUGUGUCGUUGCAUCUGGGAAGCCUUCCACCCGUGCGCUCCCACAAGGCGUGAAACUGAAUUCCUCCACUACGCUUGUACCUCGUAGCGACGGACCCACAAAAAAAGGCCAUCUCCUAAUUCUGACAGACGCCAGUCAAAAUAUUUGGGAAAAGCGCUGGUUCGUCCUUCGAAGACCCUAUCUACAUAUCUACACACACUCCAACGAAUUGGAGCAAACCGGUGUUAUAAGUCUUCACGGAGCAAACCUUGAAUGUGACACACAGAAGGAGCAGCUUUUGGGUAAACAAUUCUGUUUUACACUCUUUACUACUGCGAACUCGCACGCACUUGCCGCACCGUCGUUCAAAGAGUUACAGUCAUGGACUUCAAAGCUCGACCCUACUGGCACCAUCUGAUAUACCACGCAGCAUCGCUGCUUCCAUGUUGUGGAUCCUCAUCGUCGGUUUUAUGUUCGCCAUCACCUGUCUCUUAUGCUAUACCUUACGGGCGUCGGAAGUUAGACCGGGGAAAUAUAUUCUCUCGCAAACACGGGACAACGUUGUGGCACCGGUAGUGCAGCCAUCUGUGCGUCACACGCAUUCACCUAUGCAUAAGGCAAUGCUUUGUUUAAGGUUUCGAGGCGAACUACGUAUGCGGAUAAUGAGGCUACAUACUCUGUAGCUUCCCUGUCCAUCUGACAAGU